GUCUAAAGACCAUAUAAUAUUCUCCCCACGAAAAUGGAAAAGGUUAGCCUUAAAUUUCAUUUGCUUUGACCAAUGCUGCAAAUGAAUUAGUAUGCAAAAUAUUUAAUUUUAAUUUAUUUAUCUGGUCAAUGGCAUGAUUUACACGGUCCACCUUAUUAAGUUUUGGGAUUAUGGAAAUAAGAUGAGGAACAACUUCUUUUUGCGGCGAUUUGUCUGCCAUGAAUAUGUUCUGAUGGCAUAUUUUUGGAGGAAUCGAUUGAUGGGUAGAGAGAGCAGAACUCCGAAUGUUUUGCUUUUUUCUUUGGUUUUUUUCAGUUUCUUUUCUUUAAAGUAUUCUGCUGCAAUUUAUAAUAUAACUUCUUCUUCAUCAUUAUUGCAAGGACAAACACUCACUUCAUCUGGUGAAAUUUUUGAGUUGGGAUUCUUUAGUCCUAAUAAUUCCCAAAAACAAUACGUAGGAAUAUGGUACUAGGACGUCUCUCCACGUAAGGUUGUUUGGGUGGCCAAUAGAGACAAACCAGUUGCAGACUCAUUGGCAAUUCUGAAAAUCGGGAGCGAUGGAAACCUGAGGCUUGUGGAUGGGAAACAAGCAACUAUCUGGUCAACCAUUAUUACUCGACCAUCAUCAAAUAUUUCUUCCGGCUUUCUUUUAGAUAAUGGGGUGUUCAGCUUGAUGGACAGCGUAACAGGAGAGAUAUUAUGGGAGAGCUCUGAUCAUCCCUCUGAUACGGUAAUGUCUGAUACCAAGGGACCUCAUGUAUACACUUCCUGGAAGAGUGACAAUGAUCCAUCACCUGGGAAUUUUGUCCUUGCUUUUGCACCACGGCCACCACUACAAUUCUUCAUUUGGAGAGGAUCAACGCCCUAUUGGAGAAGUGGACCUUGGGAUAAAUCAAGAUUUAUCGGCAUACCUGAAAUGGAUACAUCAAUAAGUGGAGCUACUGUCAAAGAUUCCCAAGUUCCGGGAUCAUUGAGUGUAUCUCUUGGUAGAUUUAGCAACUGUAGUCUAAAAAAUCUUUUCAUUUCAUAUCAAGGAUAUGUGAAAUUUAUGUGCUGGGAAAAUAAUUAUGGCUGGUACGCUGAUUGGGAGGCUCCAAGAAGUCCUUGUGAUAUUUAUGGAGCAUGUGGGCCUUUUGGGUUUUGCAAGACAUCUAAACGACCUCUAAAUUGUUUUUGUAUGAGAGGGUUUGUGCCAAAGUCAAGAGAGGAAUGGAGCAAAGGAAAUUGGACAAGAGGUUGUGUGAGACGAACCACAUUACUUUGUGAGAGAAACUCAAGUGCCAUAGCUGCCCAAGCAGGUAAAGCAGAUGGGUUUUGGCAGAUGAGAGGUGUGAGACUACCUGAUUUUUCUUAUUAUGUGGAUGAGGUUGCAGAGGGAUGCCAAAGGUGGUGCCAAGAUAACUGUUCAUGCACGGGUUAUUCCUAUGUAAAUGGAAUAGGUUGUCAGGUUUGGACAAGAGAUCUUAUAGAUGUCAUAGAAUUUUCCUAUGGUGGACAAGAUCUCUUCAUUCGCCUUACUCAUGAUGAACUAGGCAAAGGGAAGCCAGUAAAAUUCAUCACCAUCCUCAUAGCUAUUUCAACUUUUGCCGUCUUAACUGCCAUUCUUUAUGCUUUAUACAAGUGGAGAGCUAAUCAAAACCGAAAGGUUAAGCAUGAAGACAUAAAAGCAAAUGAUCAAUUAGAGCUGCCCAUGUUAGACUUUGAUGGCAUACUAGUUGCAACCAACCACUUCAACCUCACAAACAAACUAGGCCAAGGAGGAUAUGGUCCAGUUUACAAGGGAAGGCUCCAAGAUGGGAAGGAUGUGGCGAUCAAAAGGCUUUCUAGUAGCUCAGGGCAAGGUGUAGAAGAAUUCAAAAACGAAAUGACACUAAUCUCUAAGCUUCAGCAUAGAAAUCUUGUCAAGCUUGUGGGUUGCUGCAUUGAAAGAGAAGAAAAGAUACUUGUCUAUGAGUUCUUGUCCAAUAAAAGCCUGGACACUCAUCUAUUUGAUCCAAUAAAGAAAGCAAACCUUAACUGGACUAUACGUUACAACAUUAUUAAGGGAAUUGGUCGAGGACUUCUCUAUCUUCAUCGUGAUUCCUGUUUAAGGGUCAUACACCGAGAUUUGAAGGUCAGCAAUAUUCUUUUAGAUGAGAAGAUGAACCCAAAAAUAUCAGAUUUUGGAUUGGCUCGGAUUUUCCAAGGCACACAUGGUUUAGCAAAUACUAACAGGGUUGUGGGAACACUGGGUUAUAUGGCUCCUGAAUAUGCAUUGGGGGGAAUAUUUUCAGAUAAAUCUGAUGUCUUUAGCUUUGGGAUUCUGCUGUUGGAAAUUGUUAGCAGCAAAAAGAUAAACGACUUCCAUUGUGAAGAACAACAUCUAGGCCUUAUUUCUUAUGCAUGGCAAUCAUGGUGUGAAAGCAGGGGUAUAAACAUGGUAGAUGAAGCAUUGGCGGAGUCAUUUUCCCAAUCAGAAGUGAUUAGAUGUGUAAAUAUUGGACUGCUUUGUGUGCAAGAUCAUGCUGCAGAUAGGCCAACCAUGGCUGCAAUAGUUUCCAUGUUAAGUGGUGAAGCAAAGCUUCCUCAGCCAAAACAACCUACAUUUACAUUUCAAAGCAUUUUGCAAUCAGAAAACAGGGCUUUUUGCAAAAUAAAGUUAAAAAAAAAAAAUAUUUCUUAA